CCUUUCCACCAAAACAAACCCUAAAUCCAAAUUCAAAUACUUCAAACCGCCACAACGUAUACACAUUUCAAAUUUCGUCAUUACAAAACAUCUGCAAAAAGUCAAACGCACACCAUAAAAUCCGGAUUCUUCAUGUCUCCAUUUCAGAUCGAGUAACCGUAAUUCAGAGUUGGUUCUAGAUUCGGAAUAAUAUUCCUCACAUCAUCUUUCAGAAUGUUGAGAGAUUUCAAAAUUAUGCGUCGGAAUUCGGGUAAAAGCCCUAAUUUAGACGAACCGGAAAAUGUACCUGUAAAUGUGAAGUUUCAUGAAGCGUCUGUGUCGAAUGUGAGUUCGGAUUCUUCGUCUAGGCCACCGUUGAAUACGAUUCAGGAACUAGGGUUUAAGGUUGGCAAAAUUGAUAGAACACCUACUAAGGUUGACGGUGGUAGGGUUUUAGAGUCUGGGAUGUCGAUGAGGACUCCGGAGAAAGGUUUGGGGAGGAGUAGGUAUGGGUGGGGUUCGGAGUCGAGGAAUGAGGGGAGGAUUGGGAAUGUGAAUGUUAAUACGCCUAGGUCGUGUAGGACGAUUGGGAGAGCUGUGAGUUCGGGUUAUUCUGAGGGGAAUUCUACGCAGAAUACACCUACGAAGAGUGUAAAUAAGCCUCCAAAUCCGGGGCUGCUUCAUGGAGGUAGUUCGAAGCCUCCUGCUGGUGGUAGUGUUCGCAGUUAUGGGAACAUUGCAGCUUUAUCUAGAGGGUCUCCAAGCACGCACACUACUGUAAAUACGGUUGAGGUACCGCAUUUUGAACUAAAAGAAGAUCCAUCGUUCUGGAUGGAUCAUAAUGUACAAGUUUUGAUACGAAUUCGUCCGCUUAACAACAUGGAGCUUAGUACUCAUGGUUAUAACCGGUGCUUAAAACAAGAAAGUGCACAAUCCGUGACCUUUGUGGCGCAUCCAGAAACAAGAUUCACCUUUGACCAUGUUGCUUGUGAAACCAUUGACCAGGAAACACUUUUUAGGAUGGCAGGUCUACCAAUGGUAGAGAAUUGCUUAUCAGGUUAUAAUAGUUGUAUCUUCGCCUAUGGGCAGACAGGAAGUGGAAAAACACACACCAUGCUCGGUGAAAUAAACGAGCUUGAAAUAAAACCUAGUCCAUAUCGGGGAAUGACUCCACGAAUGUUUGAGUUCUUAUUCGCUAGAAUAAUUGCGGAAGAGGAAAGCCGAGUAGAUGAAAGAUUAACAUACAAUUGCAAAUGUUCAUUCUUAGAGAUAUACAACGAGCAAAUUACGGAUCUCCUUGACCCUUCCUCUACAAAUUUGCAUCUCCGAGAAGAUGUUAAAAAGGGUGUUUAUGUGGAAAAUUUGACCGAAUUUGAAGUUCACACUGUGGGUGAUAUCCUGAGGCUUCUUAGUCGGGGUUCGGCAAAUAGGAGAGUUGCUGCAACAAAUAUGAACAGAGAAAGCAGUCGUUCCCAUUGUGUUUUCACAUGUGUAAUUGAAAGUAGGUGGGAGAAAGAUUCAACUUCCAACCUACGAUUUGCAAGGCUAAACCUUGUUGAUCUAGCUGGUUCAGAAAGACAAAAAACUUCGGGUGCUGAAGGUGAACGUUUAAAGGAGGCUGCAAACAUUAAUAAAUCGCUAUCCACCCUAGGGCAUGUAAUAAUGGCUUUAGUAGACGGUGCUAAUGCAAGGACACGACAUAUUCCGUAUAGAGACUCAAGACUCACAUUUCUUCUACAGGACUCGUUAGGCGGAAAUUCAAAAACAAUGAUAAUAGCUAAUGUUAGUCCCUCCAUAUGUUCUGCUACUGAAACGUUAAACACUCUAAAGUUUGCGCAGCGUGCAAAACUGAUACAGAACAAUGCUGUGGUAAAUGAAGACGCCUCAGGAGAUGUCAUGGCGCUUCAACACCAGAUACAACUUCUAAAGGAGGAGCUCACUAUCCUUAAGAGACAAAAUGUUUCCAGAUCUUUAACAUUUGGUCCAAAAGUCACUGAAGAGACCCAACAAGAACAUGAAAAUGAUUUUGAUAAUACGCUUGGACACGAGAACAAAACCCUGAGGGUUUCCUCUAAACAGCUAAAAUCAUUAGAGGCCUCUUUGACUGGAGCGUUGAGGAGAGAGCAAAUGUCGGAAAGUGCUAUUAAACAACUUGAAGCAGAAAUAGAACAAUUAAACCGUUUGGUUCGACAAAGGGAAGAGGACAAUAAGUGCACAAAGAUGAUGUUGAAGUUUAGAGAAGAUAAAAUUCAAAGAAUGGAGUCUGUGGUUGCUGGGUCAAUACCUGCUGACUCAUACUUGCUACAAGAGAAUAACAUGCUUACUGAAGAAAUUCAGAUGCUUCGUGCAAAAGUUGAUAAAAAUCCAGAAGUUACACGAUUCGCUUUGGAAAAUAUUAGGCUUCUUGAACAACUUAGAAGAUUACAAGAUUUUUCUGAAGAAGGGGAGAGAGAAAUGUUGUUAAAUGAAGUAUCUGAACUGAGAAAUCAGUUGGUUCUUGCUCUUGAUGAGAACUCCAAGCAAGAUGGUCUUACGCAAAAGGAAGCUGCACAUGACGCUAAAGAAAACACUUCUCUUCGAUUGGAGUUGGAAAGGAGCCAAGAAGAGUUAGAGAAAUGCAAGAACAACCUCAAUUCUUGCUUAGAGCAAAAUGCAAAACUCUUCAGGGAAAUUGAGGAUCUAAAUGCCUUAUUAGAACACAAGAAAUCUACAGUGCAUGAACAUGAUGAUGGUAUUGAGGUCAUCAAGGAACCCAUUUUGGAAGCUUCUUCUGUAGGCAAACGGUCCAUGCAUACAUUCCAAAAGACACAUCAAACUCAUGUGGAGCAUUCUGAUGAUGUUAUGGAUAUGCAAUUAGACGAGUCCAUACAGUUGUCUCGUACAUUUGUAAAGAACGAUGAAGCUCCUGUAAGGUACAUUGAAGAAGCCAUUAAUCUUCAAAUGCAAGUAGACAUUCUAGAGAUGAUUUUAAAGGAAGAGAGCUCAACCCGUGCGGAAAUUGAAGAAAAAUAUAAAGAUUUGAAGGAUGAGCUUGAAGAAGCAAAGUCUGUAAUUGAGGCUCUCGAGACUCAACAACUAAUAUCUAUCAACGAGCUCGAAGAUCUUAGAAACCGUAAUAACAGAUUUUCUCAAGAUAUGCACCUGCCACCAUCUUCAAAUGACACGGAACGCGUGCAAGAAAAGAUGAACCGGAUGCAGGAUUCUCUUGAAAAAGCCAGGAGAACAAAUAAAUGGUAUAAAACCGAACGGGAAUGUAACGCUGUUAAUGAAGAAGAAAUGGAUGAAGUGCGGAAACAAGUCGAGGCUGAAACUGCUGAGGUCAUCGUCUGUUUGCAAGAAGAAAUAAGCAGUCUUCAGGAGCAAUUAUUCGACAGUAACACUAAAGAAACGGAACUCAAACAGGAGUUGACCGUUGUGCAAGCGAAGUUGACCGCCAUUACAGAAUGCAAUGAAGCUUUAAAGGAAAAUUACGAAGAAAAAGAAAGAGAACUUAACGUGUUGACUAACGAGAUCCAGGAGGUUCUUACAGCGGGUCACGACGCACUUGAAGACGCGUUAAACGAUCUUGAUGAUGUCACUGUAUGUGAGCAAUUACAAAUAAUCACAAAAAACAUCUUGGAAAAAGAUUCAAAAAUAAAGGCACUGAAUUUGUGUUUAGAGGACGCGAAAAACAAAGGUACUGAAAUGGAGGGCAUGCUGCGGUCGUUAAAAGGGGCGACUUUAGUGAUGUCGGAAGCGCACCAACAAGACUGCAGUGAAAAAGAUCAAGUAAUCCGCCAGCUGUCAUCACGGUUGAGUGAAAAAAGCUGUGUGAUAAACGAGUUAAGUAAUGCAGUCAAAGAAAGAGAACAGCAAAUCAAGAAGAUAUCAGAUCGUGCAGCGGGUGCGUUUGUGGUUGUGAACUGGUUUUCUGAGAUUAAAGACGGUUUAAAUAAAGCGCUGAUGCAGAAAGACGCGGAGCUUGAAGAAUUAAAGAAAAACCACAUUGUUCAGAGUUGCAGAAGUUCAAGAGAUGUUAGUCGCAGGGACGACACGAUAGUUCUUUUGAAAAAGGAGCUUGAAACCGCACUCGAGAGUCUUAAGGGAGUGAAAGCCGAGAUGGCGAGACUACGUUCUGAGAGAGAUGUAAUUCGGCUUUCUGAGAAACAGAGUCGCCAAAGUAUCGAAGGCUUUGUGCCGCAGGUUCUUGCGUUACAAGCUACUUUAGACAAUUUUGAAAAACAAACUGAGGUAGCAAUGGUUUCUUUGGAUAACAAGAUUCAAACCGUUGAAGGACUUUUACAGAAAUCAUGCAAAUCCUGUCACCAGAAAAAAAAGCUCUAUGAGCAUGAACUUAUGGAUGCCAAGGUAAAUGCAGCACAACAAGCAGCAGAAUCUUCUUGUGUUUACGCUAAAUUUGCAGAGGCCCAAUACACCAUCAAAGAAGCAGACGUUAUGAUCAAUGAGCUACUGAUCGCAAAUGAAACCAUGAAGCUCGACAUUGAAUCUCUAAAGAAGAAGGAGGUAACUUUAAUAAACGAGCGGGAUACGAUUAUGCAACAGUUUGAAACCGAUACUAUGGGAAUGAAGAAAGAAAUAGAGGAGCUGGAGGGUAUGAUUGUUCAGACCCGUUCUAUCGUGGAUCAAGAUCUGAUUCCAAUAGCGUCUGAUUUCUUUUGCGUAAAGUCUCAGAUUCAAGACUCUAGCAAGUUAAUUCAGUCAUGGAUUGAAGACAUAUGGUCUGAAAUAAUUGCGAAAGACUGCGUUGUCUCAGUUUUACGUGUCUGUCACAUGGGAAUACUUCUGGAAAUGGUAACGGGAUUAAACGCGGAAAACGGGCUGCUUCGUCACGGGUUAUGUGAAUCAAGUUCUCUGGUGUCACAACUAAGAGAACACAAUUGCAAAUCAAGAAAUGAGCUGGAAAUGUGCAGAGAAAUUCAAGCGAAGUUAUUGGCUGACAUCAAGAAUAGUUUCGAUCGUGUGUCAAAGGGUACACAAGAAACCGAUAUACUUUCAGUCAAGCUAGCGAGUUUUGAGGAAAAGAUAGUGAAUUUACAGGCUCAAGAAGAAGCAAUGGUGGAAAGAUCGAAAUAUAUGGGAUCCAAGCUUUCGGCUUUAGUUAAAGAAUUGGAUGCUGUCGGUAAAGACAAAGAGGUUAGAUUUCUUGAAGAAACGUUCAUGGUUGAUUUGUUAGAGAAAGAGAUCGAGCUCGUUGUUCUGUCAGCGAAACUGAAAGAAGAAGAUUCACAACGAAAGGAUCUCGAGAAUGCGAAUAAAAACAUGAGUACGGUUUUUGUGAAGUUUAAGGAAGACAAAGAAGAGGAGGUUGACUUUUUGCGCAACAAAACGAAGGGAAUAGAAAGUCAAAUUCUUGAAAAAAGUCAAACUUUUAAAGAGGAGUUGGAAGUUAAAGAUAUGGAGCUAAGGAACAUGAGGCUACAUGUCGAAGAUAUGAACGCUGCGCUCCAACAAUGUGAAGCUUUUAACAAUUUGAGCGUGAAAGAGUGUAUUAACUUGAUGAGUAGUAUGGACAAGGAGACUAAAAGAGUGUUCAGUUUAUUAAGUGAGAGAAUUGUCUCACUUGAGCAAAGACUUGAAGAGAUAAACGGGAGCACUGAAAAGACGAGUACGUAUAUAGAAGAACUUCAGUCGUUAGAAGAUAACGCUAAAGUUUUGAUUUCAGAAAACGUGUUACUUCAAAGUGAGAUGGAACGUAAAGAGGAAGUUCUCGAAGGUUUGAAAGCUUCGUUGGAGGUUUUAGAGGACGAGCUACGGUUGUUGAAGGAAUUCUCGUCUAAUAAACAGGACCAGAAAGACGAAACGGAAGAACUAAAAGCUUCUUUAGAACUUUUAAAGAAUGAGCUAAACGAGAAAGUUGCGGUGAUUGCCAUGCUCGAGGUGGAUGUUUCACGAGAGGGUGAUUUGGUAAAAUCACUAUUUUCCGAGAUUGAAAAACUGACGGAAAGCGUUAAAGAUGCGUUGAAAGCGAAAGAGACGUGCGAGGCGGAGUUGGUUGAGGCGAAGAAAGCUAACGAGAGCUUGGAAAUGGAGUUGGUUCAGUUGGAAUCGGAUCUUUCCGAAAUAAAUAAAUUGGCGGAAUUGAGAACAAUUGAUCUAAGAAGUGUUAGUUGUAAAAGGGAUGAUCUUCAUGCCGAACUUCUUGAAGUAAGAAAGGAGUUAGAGAUGGCACAAGCCAUUGCGGAAGAAAACGAGGCAAUUGCUACCGAAGCUAAACAGAUGGCGGAGACAAGCAGACUGCAUGCCGAAGAGAAGGAUGAGGAGGUGAAAUUAUAUGAGAAAUCUGUUGAAGAGCUUGAGUUUAUUGUAAAUGCACUCGAGAACCAGGUUGAAAUGGUCAAAGGAGAGGCUGAAAGGCAACGAUUGCAACGGGAAGAGCUAGAAGUAGAGUUUCAAGCUUUUAAACAGCAGAUCCACACUGUCCAUAGUAAUGACUCAGACGUAAAAAGGCUUCUAAAUGAGAAAGAGAAAAGCCUUCAAGAGUUCCUUCAACGCGUCCAAAUUUUAGAGAAGGAGAUCGCCUCCAAGGAUUCAGAGAUUCUCCAACAUAAAGCUCACAUCAAUGAGCUCAAUCUGCAUGCUGAAGCGCAAGCUAGAGAGUAUAAACAAACUUUUAAGACACUGGAGGCAAUGGCUGAUCAAGUUAAAUCCGAUAGCUCUGCUCCACUAAUCUCAAAUUCACCGUCAAAGAAACUCGAAAAGAACGCAUCAAGGGCACGAGGUUCCGGUUCUCCUUUUAAAUGCAUCGGUAUAGGUUUGGCACAACAAAUGAAAUCAGAGAAAGACGAAGAGCUUGCAGCUGCAAAACGUAAAAUCGAAGAGCUUGAAGCAUUGGCCGCUAGUCGUCAAAAAGAGAUAUUCGCGCUGAAUGCAAAAUUGGCUAUGUCCGGGAGCAUGACUCAUGAUGUGUUGCGUGAUUUAUUGGGCAUAAAGUUGGAUAUGACUACCUAUUCGUCUUUAGUAAACGGCCACCAAAAUGAGGAAAUAAAUGAAAAGGCUCAAGUUCAUAAUGCUGAGGUACAAUACAAGGAAGAGGAGGUUGUCAAGCUAAAGAAACAACUGAAUGAAUUGAUCAAUGAACGACAAGGGUGGCUGGAGGAAAUUGAAAGAAAACAGGGUGAGAUGAUUGCAGCGCAGGUUGCGUUAGAACAACUCCGUCAAAGGGAUCGUUUACUUUCAACUGAAAACGAAAUGUUCAAGACUAAAAUCGGUAAUCACAAGAAGAAGGUCAUGGAGCUUGAAACCGAAGUAACCAAGUUAUCAGGCCAACAAAAUCUUCAACAAAGAAUUCAUCAUCACACCAAAAUAAAGGAGGAGAAUAAUGCAUUAAAAGCUCAGAAUGAAGAACUGAGUCGUAAGCUGAAAAGAAGUGAUGUUAUCCUAAGCCGUGUUAAGGAAGAACUUGCUAACCUACGUGCAGCGCACGGGAAGAACGCGUAUUAUGUGGAAACUGAGCUACAACUUGUUGAAAAUCUUAAGGAAACUGAAGAAGAGAGGGACCAUUUAGCUCAGAAGUUGGCAGCCUUAUGCACCAGUAUUUUAAAGGCAACCGGAGUAAAUGGGCCGACAUCUGAUGUUAAUGUCACCAAGGCCGAAGAAGCGUUGGAGCAGUUCCAAAGACGCGUGGCUGCCCUUGAAAGGGAAUUACAAGAUAUGCAAUACAAGAACAGGAUCUGUAAUGAACGUGCAAGAUUGUCUGAACUCAUGCCACAAACGGCUAAAGAAAACAGCAGAUCAUCUCCAUUUCUUUCUACUUUGGAUCGGUGAAGCGCGUUUGAUGACACUUGAAUUCAAGAUUUCUUGAAAAUGUUUAUGUUGUAUAGUUUUGUAAAAUAGGCUUUGCCCUUCACAUGAAAGUUUGUAUAGUUAUAGAACGUAUGUAAAAACAUUCAACAUUUACCUCAUGAAUAUAAGUUAAUCUUGAAAUUCUGUCA